UAAUUCUAGUAUUUGUAUUCAUUUCAUAACUGUCAAUGACAUACUUUUAUUUUGAAGGCUUACCGAUCGGUCAACAAGUUUAUUUGACACUUAAAAUAUUCUACAAUUAUGUAAGUGAGUGCAUGCAUCAGGGGAGUGUCGAUGGGAUCUCACCCAGAUAUCUCUCUGGACGCAUAUGGUAGCAGGAUGAAAACUGAGAUCCGGAUUGGAUGCAUAGAGAAACUGUCCCAUUAUAAAGUAGUUCCUAGCUCCAGAUAUGACAUUAUGGAGAUGCGUAUCUGGAGCAUGUCUACUCCUUAUAUCUAAUAAAAUGUCAGGUAUUCGGAUAUAUAUCCUCUGAUAUAUAACCUUUUGGCUCAGUGGAUUCAAACCAGGAUUUGGUUCUAUAAGGUAGUUCGGUCUUCUCUGCUCUGCUACAAGAGGGAUUGACAUUGAACAGAUCCCCUCAAACCAAUCAGGUAAAUUUCCUUUUAUUUCCUAAACCAGGAACUCUGUGUAGAAUAAGAGUGUAGAUGUGAGAUAUUACCUUAUAAGUGUAUUUUUUCAAUCAAUGUCUGAGCAAGUUAAUCCUUCAUUGUUCCCAUUUCAGUCAAACAUUUGUAGACUACAUUAGAAUGACUCAUUGUGUCUUUGUGAGACAAUAAAAUAUGAAGAAAUCUUGUCAGAUUGCUUUUGCUUAAAAUGUUUUCUUUGUGUGUUAUUCUUGACUUGAAUUAUUUGCUUACUUACCCUCUGGUGUUUUUAUCCCUGUAGGAUAAAUACUUCCACAGCAUUAUGAGUAAAUAUAGAAAGUAUAAAGAUCUAUUGAGAGAUAUUCCUGUCUUUCCAGGUAAUGUUUUAUUUAUAUUCUAUUUCUGUUAUGUGAUAUUUUAUUCCUGUCAGUUUCAUAGAGAUGUAAUAAAAUAAUCAUAACUGGAUAAACAAUUAAAACGUUUACAAAAAAAAUCCGGAGUGUUUUCUAAACUGCAGCCCAGAAAACGGAUUGGCCAUACGGUAGUUUGGGGGAAUAAUAAUAAAUAAUAAAUGCCCAGGCCAAUUUAUGGUAAUAUUCAGCCCCAGCUACAGCCUCCUGAUUAAUUGGAAAGGAUAUACUGUAGCUUUCAUGAGCAGUCGAUGUUACAUUCCAGUCUAAUUUUUAACACAACAUUUCAGUAUAAUUUAUAACAGCCACUUCCAACUCAUGUUCUAUUUGAUCAGCGUAGAUGUUUGAAUGUUUUUUUUAAAUAGAUCAACCAUGAGUACCUGUGAAUGUGUCAUGUGUCCUUCAACUGUCAUUCAUUUUGGCACCUUGUAAUUCAGACAUUUUUACUAAUGGAAUCAUGCGCAAUCUGGUGCACCCCAAGAAAAGCUUGAUGGGCCUCUACACUAAGUGGACCAUGGAGAAGUACAACAAUGUGAUGAUCAAGAACGUUGUCAAACUGUGUCAGAUCCAGGCCCAUCAUGCUAUCCUGGAGGUAGGCUUUGGUCCAGGCCUGGGGCUCCAGGAGGCUUUGAAGUACCUGACGGACCCCAGAGGCAAGCUGUUCGGCCUGGACGUCUCAGAGUACAUGCACAAGGUGGCCCGGGAGCGUCUAGGUCCUCAGCUGGCCUCGGGGAAGGUCCACCUGCUCCAGGGCAGGGUGGAGUGUAUUCCCCUCCCGGACCACUGCGUUGACGGAGUCUUCCACUCCAACUGUCACCUCUACUGGCCGGACAUGGCCAUCGCCACCGCCGAACUGCUCCGUGUCAUGAAGCCAGGAACAAGGAUGUUGGCAACAUGUGACCUGGGCUUCCUGCGUCAUGGGGUGGAGCAGGGCUUCUUCAAAGGUGUGAUAGUGGAGCCUGAGCCUUACAUGCAGGCCCUGGGGGCCGUGGGCUUCCUGGGGGUCAGCAUGGAGGACCUGAUGGACGAGGGUAAAAGCUUCCAGGUCAUCUAUGCUACCGCUCCACCUCCCUCCACCACUGAGAACAGUUAGGAACACGCUCUGUAUGUACACUCCGGAUGUAUUUGAUGGAUAUAACAGCAUAUUGUGUCAUAAAAACGAAUGUUACAUCCAAAGAGAGCACGUCUGUUCAUACUCAAGGUUUUAUAUUGAGCACUUGUAUGUUACCGUGAUGAUUGGUUGUUAGAAAUAAAAUAUGUACCUGUCAUUCACUUUGCAUGGGAGGGUUAUACACAGUACAAGCCUUGAGUUUUUUUGGUGACCACAGAGUGCCUAAUGUUAAAUAGCAGGUUUACAGUAUAGACAUAUUGAGGAUUUUGUUAUCAGUGACAAAUACACAAAUGUUCAGCAAUCCAUUUUAUUAUAAUUUUCACUUAUUUG